UGUAUUUAAUCUUGUAGGUGCUAAAGCAGUCAAAGUGAGGCAGGUGUGCGGCGUGCCUACUGAAUUCUUAUCUUAAUUAAAUGAUUUCCAGUUCUGGUGAUUAUAUUUAUUAUAAGCAGCCGGCCCCGCACGCGAAGAGCGUCAGCGUUCAGGUAGUGGUGGUCGAGAUUGUGCCAUGGCGGCCACCGGAGCGUGUUUUGUCACCGGCGGAUGCUGGUCGGUGUUCCGGCGGGACAUGAAGUCGGCGACAGGAGGAUUGAGAACGAAUCCGAUUUCGGUUUCGACUCGGCCGUCGACAAUGUCUAGUGAACAAGCACUGGCGCCGCGAGUGGAGGAGAAAGAAGGGAUCGAGAAGACUAUUUCGAAGCGCUUCGAGGACAUGGAGGUGUCGGAAGUAGAACGGCGGAGUUUGCAGGAUUACUUCCAGCAGUCGAAGGAUUUGAGCAGAUCGGACGGUGGACCGCCCCGCUGGUUUUCGCCCUUGGAGUGCGGGACUCGGUUGGAAAACUCUCCUCUGCUUCUCUUUUUACCAGGGAUUGAUGGUGUUGGACUUGGACUUAGUAUGCAUCAUCAUAGACUUGGACAGAUUUUCGACAUAUGGUGCUUGCAUAUCCCUGUUAUGGAUCGAACACCAUUUACAGAAUUGGUGAAGCUGGUUGAAAGAACAGUACGGUCAGAGAAUUUCCAUUCACCAAAUAAGCCCAUAUACCUUGUUGGAGAAUCUCUUGGAGGAUGCCUUGCUCUAGCUGUUGCAGCCCGUAACCCUGAUAUUGAUCUUGCACUCAUUUUGGCUAACCCAGCUACAUCUUUUGGCAAGUCACCACUGCAACCUCUAAUACCUUUAUUCGAUGUCAUGCCUGACCAACUCAAUUUAGGCGUUCCCUAUGUGCUUAGCUUGAUGACAGGUGAUCCUUUGAGGAUGGUGAUGACAACUGCAGAAAAAGGACUUCCUCUGCAACAAACAGUUGGAGAGAUAUCAGAGGGUCUUGGUGCACUGUCAGCUUAUCUUUCUGUUCUGUCAGAUAUUUUGCCUCAAGAAACCUUUCUCUGGAGGCUGAAGAUGCUUUCCUCAGCUUCUGCAUAUGUGAAUUCACGUCUCCAUGCUGUGAAAGCAGAAAUACUGAUACUUUCCAGUGGAAAGGAUCACUUUCUAUCAAGUCAAGAGGAAGCUGAGAGGCUUUGUCAUGUGCUGCCAAAAUGUAAGAUUCGUAAGUUUGCCAACAGUGGUCAUUUCCUCUUCUUGGAAGAUGGUAUUGAUUUGGUAACUAUCAUCAAAGGAGUCAAUUUCUAUCGUCGUGCAAAAUAUCAUGACUAUGUUUCAGAUUACAUACCUCUGGUCCCGUCUGAAUUCAGACAGGCAACUGAAGAAUAUAGGUGGCUUACUAUAGCUACUAGCCCUGUGAUGCUUUCGACUAUGGAAGAUGGGAAGAUUGUGAGGGGACUUGCAGGAAUUCCUUCUGAGGGGCCAGUCUUGUUCGUUGGCUAUCACAUGUUGCUUGGACUUGAAUUGGCUCCCAUGGUACUACAAUUUUUGGCUGAAAGAAAUAUCCUUUUGCGAGGAAUAGCGCAUCCAAUGAUGUUUAACAGAUUGAGAAGUGGAAUUUUACCUGAGCUGUCAACAUUUGACACAUUCAGAGUCUUUGGUGCAGUUCCUGUCUCAGGGUCUUACUUUUAUAAACUUAUGUCUUCCAAGUCUCAUAUUCUACUAUAUCCAGGAGGCAUGCGUGAGGCUCUGCAUCGGAAGGGUGAGGAAUACAAGUUGUUUUGGCCAGAAUCAUCUGAGUUUAUCCGAAUGGCGGCUAGAUUUGGAGCCAAAAUUGUACCCUUUGGGGUGGUUGGAGAAGAUGAUAUUGGUCAGGUUGUAAUUGACUAUGAUGACCUAAUGAAGAUACCCUAUUUUAGGGCUCAAAUAAAGGAUUUGACGAAUGAGUCUGUUAUAUUGAGGACUGAGAGUAGUGGUGACGUUGCAAACCAAGAUGUACACUUACCAGGAGUUCUACCAAAAAUUCCUGGCCGUUUCUAUUACUUUUUCGGGAAGCCGAUUGAGACAGAAGGGAGGAAGCAUGAACUAAGAGACAAGGAAAAGGCUCAUGAGCUGUAUUUACAUGCCAAGUCUGAAGUUGAGAGUUGCAUCGCUUAUUUGAAGGAGAGAAGAAAAGGCGAUCCAUAUAGGAAUUUAUUUCCCCGGUUGUUUUAUCAGGCUACGCAUGGCUUUACAACAGAAGUUCCUACAUUUGACCUUUGAUUAUUCCUUGCAUUGAAGGAGGGAAUCUUAUGUUAACAGUGGUUGAGAGAGGGAAGUUUGCUCCAGCAUGGAGGUGACCUUAUUGUAGGCUGUACAAAGUAGGCAUGCUGUUAGCCCAGCCGCUGGCAAUUCAGUUCCGAAAAGAAUGAACAGUCAAAGACUCUGGUUCUCAAUCAGACACUGUGGUAUUCAAAUCAUAUGAUUCUUUUGAGGAAUAUAACCAAGCAAAGAAGUGAUGUCACAUUAUCUCCAUUUCCGAUAGUGGAUAUGUAGGCCACGGAGAGAGAGGCCAUGUUCAGUGUAAUUGCUCAAUUUCGAGGCAUGUAUAAUAAUGUGGUUAUGAUGUGAAUUCCAUUGUGAAGGUGCCCAAAUUGUACUCCAUGACAAUGGCUCUACUGUUUACUCAUGGAUAUUUUUUUUUCCUCUUUCCCAGGCA